AGGAUGUUAAAACAGCGAUAAAUGGGUGGGAAGGACUUUCCUUAAUAUAAAUUAAGAAUCCAUGAGUGGGGCUUUUUAAUUUUUGACCCCAUUCUCAGUUGAGCCUGUUAUGUGAUACAGACUGUUACGCUGCACCACCAUGUAAAGGCUGAAAGAGUAGCAUUUUUGGAGGAUUUUAGUACACUUUUUUUUUUUUUUUUUUUUUUUUUUGCAAGAUUCGUGGAUUAGUCGAGUGUGGAGCCAUGGAGUUGUGUGCAAGCAGGUGGUUUAGGGGAAUUUGGCUUCUGCUCUGUCUGUCAGAAUGCACGGCAAGUAUGACGGGGAGAUGCAGCCUCUUUGGACGACACCAUGUUCACACCUUCGAUGGGGUUUUGUACGAGUUUCCUGGGGACUGCAGCUACCUGCUGGCCGGGGACUGCAGAAGUCGUUCUUUCACGCUUCUGGGUGAUUUCGCCGGGGGGAAAAGAACUGGUGUUACAUUGUUUCUUGGAGAGGUCUUUGAGCUACAUCUGUCUGUUGACGGAAAGCUAUCACAGUCAGAAAAAAGUCUUCCUCUGCCGUACGCAUCACACGCUGUGUUUGCGGGCCAGGAGCUGGGCUUCUACAAGCUGUGGAGCGAAGAAUUUGGCUUCACGGUCACUAUUGACAACGUGGGCAAUGUUGCCGUUACGCUCACCAAAAAUCAUGCCAACCACACAUGUGGCCUGUGUGGUAACUUCAAUGCAAUGACAGCUGAUGAAUACACUGCUCAAGAAGGAUUCCUCACUGAGGAUAGCUAUGACUUUGCUAAUUCAUGGGCGGUGAAGGGGCCAAGUCAAGCCUGCAGACGAGUUUCCAUUCCCAGUUUGUCUUGCAAUAGCUCCAAAGAAACCUCAGAGCUUCUCUCUAGUUGCAGCGUGUUGCAAACAUCCCCCUUGUUCCUGCGAUGCGCCCACUUGGUAUCAAAUGAGGCCUUCUUGGCCCUUUGCCAGGAGGAUGCAUGCCACUGCGGCCAGGGCGACAGCGAAGACUGCUACUGUCCAGUCCUUCUUGAGUACGCUCGCACAUGCCAUGCCCACGGCAUGCUUUUACGUGGUUGGCAGCAGGAGAGCGAAUGCUUUCCCAGAUGUCCUAUUGGAAUGCAUUACAGUGAAUGCACCAAGUCCUGUUCCACAACUUGCCACAGUCUCAACAUUCAGGAGGUCUGCAAAGAAGAGUGCGUGGAUGGAUGCACAUGCCCUGUGGGUAAAGUAUUGGACGGUAACCGCUGUGUAGAGGUGUCACAGUGUUCCUGCGUGCACAUGGGGCGACACUUCCCUCCUGGCUCCACCAUCUCUCAGGACUGUAACACCUGUGUUUGUCGGCAUGGCUCGUGGGAAUGCACAAAUGAAGGUUGCCCUGGUGAGUGCUUAGUGGUGGGUCAGUCCCACUACAAGACCUUCGACAACAAAUUCUUCACCUUCACGGGUCCAUGUCAGUACCUGCUGGCCCAAGACUGUAACCAACAGGACUUUUCUGUCAUUAUUGAAAAUGUGCAGUGCGCAGAUGAUAAGGAAGCUGUGUGUACGCGUUCCGUGACCCUGAGCCUGCCCACACUGGAGGACAUGACAGUGAAAUUAAAGCAUGGGGGAGUGGUUUCUGUCAACGGCAUGGAUAUCCAGACCCCAAUGUACCACGGUAAACUGCAUAUCCAGAGAUUUGUCCAGUCAUCUGUGCAUCUAAAAUUUGGAGAUCACCUGCAUCUUGAUUGGGAUGGGAGAGGCCGGGUGCUCUUAAAGCUUGGACCACGAUGGGCAGGGCGGACUUGUGGUCUCUGCGGUAACUACAAUGGUAACCAAGGCGAUGACUUCUUGUCCGCGUCCGGGAUGGUCGAGGCAAGCCCGCUGGCAUUUGGCCACUCCUGGAGAAUCAACGGUGACUGCAGUCCCACCCACAAAGCUGCGACGGAUCCCUGUGCUGUCAACCCCAAAAGAGUUCGAUAUGCAGAAGAAGGCUGCUCAAUGAUGAUGUCAGAUGUGUUCGUCCCAUGCCACUUCUUGGUCAACCCGGCUCCCUUCCAGCGGUUCUGUCGUCACGAUGUUUGUUCAUGUGGUGAUGGCGAGGAAUGCCUCUGCUCUGCCCUGGCCUCCUACGCAGCUGCCUGCACCUCGAGAGGGGUGCUGCUCCACUGGCGUUCUCCAUCGCUUUGCCAGAUGGAGUGCACCAGAGGCCAAGUAUACGAGGCCUGCGGAAGCAUAUGCGACCGCACUUGUCGCUCCCUGUCCGGACCAGAAGCCGGUUGUGUAGGAGAGCGUGUAUGUGAGGAGGGCUGUUUUUGCCCUGCCGGAAAGUACUUGAGCGACUCCGGUGAGUGUGUGACGGCAGACCUGUGCACGUGCCUGCAUGAUGGACAGCUUUACCAGCCGAAUGACUUCUAUGCUGACCACAGCAGCAUUUGCUACUGUGAGAAUGGGUCCAUGCGCUGCAGCGCCGGAGAAAUGAGCAAUUUGUUGUCUGAUCUUUUCUACGACGACUUGGCACCCUCCAGAGAAAGGCGCUCUACACCAUGUUCCCCGCCACUGGUCCAUGCAAAGUGUGAUGUGGGAGAAAAAGGCCUGGAAUGCGCCAGAAACUGCAAGAAUGUAGACUUCCCCUGCGUCUCUCUUGCCUGUAUCCCUGGUUGCCUCUGUCCACCAGGCACAGUACGCCAUAAAGGAGGCUGCAUUGUGCCAGAGCAGUGUCCAUGCUACCAUAACAAUAGACCUUAUCAGUCAGGGCAAAGCAUACCGGUGGACUGCAACACUUGCGUAUGUGAGAACAGGAAGUGGCGCUGCACCCAGAAAUUUUGCAAUGGAGUGUGCCGCACUGUGGGGGAGUCGCAUUACAUCACCUUUGAUGGCCUUAAGUACUCCUUUGCUGGUCUCUGCCAGUAUGUCCUUGUCCAGAACAUGUGUAAUGGAGAAGAGGGGAACUUCAGAGUUCUUGUGGAGAACGAAGCCUGUGGCAUUGUUGGACAUCGCUGUGCCAAGUCUGUGUUAGUCUACUACGAAGGGGGAUUGAUUGUAAUGCAAAAUGGCGAGGUGAAGAUGAAGACUCCAGUACCCCAGAGUGCACAGGUGGAGAUCAUCCGAUCAGGUCAAUUUUAUACGCUCUUGCUCGGGAAACACAUUUCACUCAGUUGGGACCGGGGUACCAACCUCAUGGUCCACAUUGCAGCUGAAUACAAGAGUCGGGUGUGUGGUUUGUGCGGCAACUUCGACGGGAACGUGAAUAAUGACCUAGUCAGCAGUAACAAUCAGCUAGAGGUGGACUCUUUGCACUUUGGGAACUCUUGGAAGGUUGCUCCUAGGUGCGCUGAUGUCACACAGGUACAAACUCCCUGCAAUGACAACAUUGUCAAACUGGUAACGGUUGAGCAGUCGUGCCGUGUGCUCACUGGUCACCUCUUCAAAGAUUGCAACAGCCAUGUGAAUCCAGAGCCAUACUUACAAAUGUGCGUGGAGGCGGCUUGCACCUGUCCAUCAGUGGCUGACUGUGCUUGUUUUUGUGAUGUCAUCGCAGCCUACGCUCAUGCUUGUUCGCAAAAGGGUGUAGCUGUCAGCUGGAGAUCCAAUGAGCUUUGCCCGAUGAGCUGUGAGGAAUUGAACCCAAAAAGUGCGGCGACAGGAGAGGAGUUAUGCCAGUGGCGGUACAACGCAUGUGGCCCUGCCUGUCCCAUCACCUGUCAACACCCCAAUCCCCUCCAUUGCUCUCUGGAAUGUGUGGAAGGAUGUCACGCUUACUGCCCCCCAGGUCAGCUGUUAGACGAGGUGGCCAUGAGGUGUGUUGAGCCCACUCAGUGUCAGGUGUGCAUCCAUGAGGGUCAAAGAAUCUCCCAUGGCAACAAAGUCAUCUUAAGUCGUAAUGACCCCGCCCACUGCAAAAUAUGUCACUGUGAAAACAACACGCUAAACUGCGAAGUGUGCACCAGUUUGACAACCGCUGCACCAACUCUUCAGCCUGCCACUCUCACUAUGACCACAAUGAUGCCUGAGGGGACAUGUGAUCGUGCCAUGGAUCUGGUUUUCCUGCUGGAUGGCUCCACAGCGUUGAGCGAGACAGAGUUUCAGGCUACUAAAGAGUUUAUACUGGGAGUGGUGGAGCGCUUUCGCUUGGGCUCUGCCCAUACUCGAGCUGCCGUGCUGCUUUACUACUCUGGAGUCAAAACCUAUCACUUACAGGUUCAGAAGUGGCUUUUUAAGAAGACCGUGCACGAGCUGCACUAUGCCGGAGGCGACGCUGCUUUCCUGGAUGAAGCAAUUAAAUAUCUGUCGUACAACAUCUACGACAAAAACAAACGGGAGCACAGUGGCCGCGUCGCUGUUAUUCUGACAGCCAGCACCAAUCCUCGGCCCAUGCGCCCAUUCAUUAAAAUGCUCCGCAGGAAUGAUAUCACGACACUGACCGUGGCCCUCGGUCCCGGUGUGAGCAUGGGGCAGAUUAAUGACAUCACAAAAUCCAACCCAGAUAACAGGGCCUACGUCCUAAGUAGCACAGCUGAGCUACCCGAUCGCCUUUUAGAAGUGACUGACUACCUUUGCACUUUGGGGCUGGAGCCAACAUCCAGCACGACCACUACAACCCUCGCACCUCGUCCAGAAGGCCUCCCUACCAAACACUUCUUCACCACCACUUCGACCUCUGCUUCCAUCCUGUCUCCUACCACCGCUACACCAUCAAUUUCCCUACCUCCAACAAAGGAAGUGACAUUCAUCAUUGAAGGUUCUAAUUCAGUCGGAGAGGCUAACUUCAACAAAUCCCUCUUAUUUCUGGAGGAAGUUCUGACCCAAAUGUCUGUGGAGAAGGAGUUCAUCCGUAUCACCGUCAUUCAGUACUCAGUCAAGGUGACCGUGGAGAUUCACCGUUGGGAUCUACGGUACCAAACGAUGCUGUUGAAACAACGUCUCAGGGAAAUCCGUUGGCGGGGUGGAAGCAAGACCAACACGGGUGCCGCUGUGACGGCAGUCUAUCAGGACGCAGUCACCGUCCCACCUCCACACCAUUCUGUCCCUCCACAGUUGGUCUUCCUGGUGACGGAGAACCCACCCACAGACACAGUGACACGCCCACCAUCGUCGAGCACCCAAACUUUUGUGUACCCCAUUGGCGUCGGCUCCAAAGUGAAAGAGGUGGACUUGUUCCCCUUCAGCUCGCCACAGCGUCCAAUAAUGGUGGAGGACUACACUCAUCUCAACAAGCUUGUUGAUCGUGUUGUCAACAUCACACGCACCACUGUCACCCCGCGCUUUCCCACGCUGGUACCCAUGGUCCAGCCCACGCUCUCCAACCUCCCAUUCACAGUGCCUUGUAAGACACCUGUGGAUGUGCUUUUCCUACUGAAGUCCGGAGAGCAGGUCGACGACAUGAAAACCUUUGUGAGAGACUUCAUCACUGCAGUUGAUAUAGGUCCGACUGGCACUCAGGUGUGCGUGAUUCAAUACAGUGACACCGUGACCACAGAGUUCACGUGGAGCAAAGAACAGAUGAAGCCCCAGCUUUAUGACCUCGUAGACAACAUUCCGAGAAGGAAAGCAGGAGCCCCUUCACUCGGCUCGGCACUGCGAUAUGCCGUCCAGGUAGCCAUUAAAGGCGGGAGAGUGGGCGUGCCCAAGGCUGUGGUGAUGAUAGUGACUGACAAGUCGGCUGAUCAGGUCCAAGAAGCUGCGAAUGAGGCACUGGCGGCAGGUGUGUCUGUAUUCCCUAUCGCGGUGGGUCCAAACUAUGACCAGAAUGAGCUGGCCACUAUCGGCCACAAACAAGGCAACAGCCUGCACCUCAGGAGUAUGGAUCAGCUACGGAUGCUGCUGACUUUGGACCGCAGUUACGCAGAGAGAAUCUGCAGAGCUGGUCCGCCUGGAGUUUGCGUAGAUGACAGUGGCACAGAGAGAAAACCCGGGGAAUCAUGGCUGCUGGAGGACGGCUGCCAUUCAGUGCUGUGCCAUCCCAGCGGGGCCAUAACCAUGCAGAACCACAAAGUCAGCUGUGAUAGACUGGAGCCACCGGCCUGCAGGAACAACAUGCUGCCUGUGAAAGUCCAGGAGGCCUGCACCUGCCAUUGGGAAUGCCCAUGCAUAUGCAUGGGCAGCUCAACCAAUCACGUGGUGCGUUUUGACAGCUUGCCACUCAGGCUGGAUGCGGAGGGCCUGUGUUCCUAUACCCUCCUUGCUGUCAGCGAGGGUUCAGAGGUCACGCUUCACAACGGACCUUGUCAAGACUCCAAACAGUAUAACCACGUUUGCAUGAAAGCCAUCGAGGUGACGCAUGGGUUACAAAAAAUCCUACUGAAGGACGAUAUUACGGUGUCAAUAGGACAACAGGAGAUUUCAUUACCGUGGAGGCAUGCAGGUUUGGAGCUUGCUCGUUACGGAGGAAUGAUGCUGCAACUCAAGUCUGACCUCGGCUACGUUUUGACGUUCACGCCACAGAGCAACGAGUUUACAAUCACGCUGCACAAUUCCAGCAUCAGCGGUCACACUGCUGGACUCUGUGGGGCCUGCGGCGAACAAUCCGUCAACAUUCUCUCGUUGCGUAACGGCAGCCCCGCCUCCGACCAGAUGAACUUCAUCUCUGACUGGAUGGUGGCUGGUGACAGGGGCGCGUGCGUGGCCAAAAGCCCGGUGGUGUGUGCCUCCGGAGCCGCUAUGGGAUGUCAGGUCCUGCGCUCGCAAGUGUUUGAGGCCUGUCACGCACACAUACCUGUUCUGAUGUUCCUUACCAAAUGCGAGGAGCAGGCUUGCCAGGAGUCAGAUGUGUGCGAGCUCAUUUCUGCGUACGCACUCCUUUGUAGACAGAGAGGGGCUUGUGUAAACUGGAGAAGCCCCCACAUAUGCCCCUUCCACUGCCCCGCCACUAUGGAAUAUCACGCGUGUCACACAGGCUGUGUUGAAGACUGUGACAGCACACAGCUGUUGCGUGGUGACUGGUCGGUUGCCACUGGUAACGCUUCGUCGUGUACAGACACACCCACUGAGGGCUGUUUCUGCCCGAUGGGGACAGUUCUGCAUCAUGGAGAUUGUGUGUCACCAGAGAGGUGCAAGCAAUGUGUGGACCAUCGUGGACGCUCAUAUCAGUAUCUGCAGACUUGGGUACCAGAUGACAACCCCUGUUUGAUUUGCUUGUGUUUGGACCAACAACGCAUCAACUGCACUGCUCGGCCGUGCAAUGAUGUGAAAGUACCAGUGUGCGGCGGCUGCGAAGUGCUAAAGGAAAAGAGAGACUCCAAGUGUUGCCCGGAAUAUGAAUGCGUGUGUGAUCAGUUGAACUGUGAUGUACCUGAGGCACCCCGCUGUGAGGAUGGUGAGACCCUGGUUUUGAAAAACCCAGGAGAAUGUCAAGCUAUACACGAGUGUGUUUGCAAGAAGGACUCCUGCGCUCUCAAUCCCACCCCAGUUUGUGCCGCCAAUCGGAGGCUGACUAUAAAAAAGACAAAGUGCUGCGAUGUGUUCGAGUGCUCGUGUAGCUGCCAAAACUCCACGCGCACAUGCCCGGCCGGCUUCAUCACAACGACCAAGACGGAUGACUGCGGCUGCAGCAAGACAAGCUGCCUGCCGGACAAAGUGUGUGUGGUUGGUGACGUGGUCCAUGCAGUUGGUAGCAAGUGGGAUGAGGGAUGUGAGAAGUGCACCUGCACUGAGAUGCAGGACAAGGUCACAUCACUGCACAUUGCUCAGUGUUCUACGCCUAUGUGCCAAAAAAACUGCCCAUUGGGUUCAACAUACACACUAUCCAUUGGAGAAUGCUGCGGGAAAUGCCAACCAACCAGCUGUGUGGAGUCAGAUGGAGAAAUUCGAGGGGACACACUAAUCGGAGGAACGCUUCGACAGGUUGGAGAGCAAUGGCAGUCUUCUCACGACAAAUGCGUCAUGCACAAGUGUGUAAGGGUGAAGGACGAAUUGUUCAUUUCUUCGACCAACAUUAGCUGCUCUGCGAUGGCAAUUGAGUCCUGCCCCCUGGGAUAUGAGUUGCGUUGCGACACGCAGGAUUGCUGCCCUCAAUGCCAUUGUGCUCCUUUGGAUGUCUGCGUCCUCAACCACACGCUCAUAGGGGCAGGUGAAUCGCUGAUGGCAGAUGUGUGCACUCGCUGUGAAUGCAUCGUGGAAGGUGGUCUCGUCAAGAAACAUAGGCUCUCCUGCAGGACGACCUCCUGUUCCCCUUGUCAAUUGGGUUACAUGGAGCAGAAAGAAGAAGGCACUUGUUGUGGUCGCUGUGUCCCCACUACAUGCUUUCUACAAAUGCCCGGUGGAAGACAAAUGAGGCUGCAGGUGAACACCACAAAGGAGGAGGGCUGCAACCAGUACUUUUGUUUCGUCAACAAUGAAGGAGAACUGGCUCUACAGAUUAAAACGACCACCUGCCUGCCUUUUAACCGCCAAUCAUGCCUCGAACACGGGGGUACUGUAAAGCGGAUUGGAACAACGUGCUGCGAGACGUGUGAGGAAUCGGAGUGUCAGAGAACAGCGGGAACACUAAACUAUGUCAAAGUGAAUGACUGCCAAUCAGAGCAGCAGAUUGAAUUGCACUACUGUGAGGGUAAAUGUCGAAGUAAGUCGAUGUACUCCCUACAGAGGGCCACGGUGGAGCAGGACUGCGUGUGUUGCGUCGCCACAGAGACAGAGCCUGUCAGCGUUCCCAUCCUGUGUGCCAACGGAACCCGUAGCCAACACACUGUCAUGUCUGUCACCGCAUGCAGCUGUCAGUCCAAACACUGCACCUAAAAGGAAGUAGUAAUUGUACUUUUGUUGCACUGUGUGUCUGUAUCCAAUAUACACUUAUUAAACCAUCCACAAUUUGAAAUAAAACAAGACAAUCAGUCUUUCCA